AUGAAUGCUUGCAAAAACACAUACCAGACAAAUGUGGCAUUGACUUCGGCCCUUACAGUUGGUAGGAACGCUGGCCAUGCGCAGAUCACACCACUGCAUAUCGCGUAUGCUUUGAUCACUCAGCCCAACGGUAUAUUCUGGCAAGCUAUUAGCAAUGCAGGUGGUGAAGAGGCAGCUAAUUCCGCUGAGCGGGUUAUCAAUCAAGCGUUGAAAAAACUACCUUCUCAAUCUCCUGCACCGGAUAAAAUCCCGGGAAACGCCUCUUAUUUCCAAGUAUUAAAUUAUGCCCAAAGUUUACAAAACGCUCACGGGGACACCCAUUUAGCUGUGGAUCAGUUGAUUCUAAGUCUUAUUGUAAAUUCCCAAGUCGGGAAUCUUUUAAACGAAGCUGGAGUUGAUGCAUUCCGGGUUAAGAGCGAGGUAGAAAAGUUUAGAGGUAAAGAAGGGGUGAAGGUGGAAAGUGCUUCCGGAGAUGCUUAUUUUCAAGCUCUUAAGACCUACGGUCGUGAUCUUGUGGAGCAAGCGGGAAAGUUUGAUCCGGUAAUCGGGCGAGACGACGAAAUCCGGAGAGUGAUUAGGAUUCUAUCGAGAAGAACGAAGAAUAACCCCGUUCUUAUCGGGGAGCCUGGUGUGGGAAAGACUGCGGUUGUUGAAGGAUUAGCACAGAGGAUUGUAAGACGUGAUGUCCCGAACAAUCUUAGCGAUGUACGGGUUGUAGCGUUGGAUAUGGGGGCAUUGGUUGCUGGAGCCACAUACAAAGGGGAGUUUGAGGGAAGGUUGAAAGCGGUUUUGAAAGAAGUUGAAGAAGCUGAAGGGAAGGUGAUAUUAUUCAUUGAUGAAAUUCAUACUGUUCUUGGAGCGGGUCGAACCAAUGGUUCAGCCAUGGAUGCUGCAAAUAUUAUGAAGCCCAUGCUUGCUAGGGGUCAACUUCGGUGCAUCGGUGCAACCACUUUGGAAGAGUAUAGGAAAUAUGUGGAGAAAGAUGCAGCCUUUGAGAGACGUUUUCAACAGGUUUUGGUGGCUGAACCGAGUGUUCCUGAUACGAUAAGUAUUCUUAGAGGGUUGAAAGAGAGAUAUGAAGGCCACCAUGGUGUUCGAAUUCUUGAUCGUGCUCUCGUAGUUGCAGCUCAACUGUCAAGCCGCUACAUAAAUGCACGUUUCUUGCCGGAUAAGGCUAUUGAUCUUGUGGAUGAAGCAUGUGCAAAUGUGAGGGUACAAUUAGACAGUCAGCCUGAAGAGAUCGAUAAUCUUGAAAGGAAACGGAUGCAGUUGGAGGUUGAGCUCCAUGCUUUAGAGAAGGAAACAGAUACAGCAAGCAAAGUUCGACUUGUUGACGUUAAAAAAGAACUUAAUGAUUUGAGAGAUAAACUUCAGCCAUUGAUGAUGAAAUAUAAAAAGGAAAAAGAACGCCUUAGUGAAAUUCGGCGGUUGAAACAGAAAAGGGAAGAACUUUUGGCGGCACUGCAAGAAGCGGUUACAAGAUACGAUUUAGCAACAAUUGCAGAAUUGAGAUAUGGAGCAAUUCAACAAGUGGAGACUGCUAUAGCAACAAUUGAAGGUACCGCAGACGAAAAUGUAAUGCUGACAGAGACGGUGGGACCCGACCAGAUUGCUGAGGUGGUGAGUAAGUGGACUGGUAUACCAGUGACGAGGCUCGGGACCAAUGAGAAGGAGAGGCUUAUUGGUCUAGCCGACCGGUUGCAUCAGCGAGUUGUAGGUCAAGAUCAAGCGGUUAAUGCUCUUGCCGAGGCGGUUUUAAGGUCUCGUGCUGGUUUGGGACGAUCCCAGCAGCCAACUGGCUCGUUCCUCUUCUUGGGUCCCACUGGAGUAGGGAAGACCGAGCUUGCUAAGGCACUUGCGGAGCAACUAUUUGAUGAUGAGAAAGUUAUGAUUAGGAUUGAUAUGUCUGAGUACAUGGAGCAAUACUCUGUGUCCCGACUAAUCGGUUCUCCACCUGGAUAUGUUGGUCAUGAAAAAGGUGGUCAACUCACAGAAGCCGUGAGGAGAAGACCUUCUAGUGUAGUAUUAUUUGAUGAAGUAGAGAAAGCUCAUCAAUCGGUUGUUAACAUUUUGCUUCAAAUAUUGGAUGAUGGAAGGUUGACAGACGGUCAAGGUCGCACCGUUGACUUAACCAACACAGUCAUCAUCAUGACUUCCAAUCUUGGAGCUGAAUUUCUGUUAAAGGGGGAGACCACAGUGGUCAAAUCUCAUGAAAUGGUGAUGCAGGCGGUGAAGAAAUACUUUAAACCCGAGCUGUUGAACCGGAUUGAUGAGAUUGUCGUUUUCGACCCACUUUCUCAUGACCAGUUACGGAAAGUUGCUAGACUUCAGUUGAAAGACGUGGCCGUUCGCCUUGUUGACAGGGGCGUUGCUUUGGGAGUUACAGAAGCAGCUUUAGAUGUCAUACUGAAUCAGAGUUAUGAUCCGGUAUACGGGGCGCGACCGAUCAGGAGAUGGCUGGAAAGGAAGGUCGUAACUGAGUUAUCGAAGAUGUUAAUUAGAGAAGAGAUUGAUGAAAACUCGACGGUGUAUAUAGAUGCAGGCAUGAAUGGUGAAGAACUGAGUUACAGGGUGGAGAGGAAUGGUGGACCGAUGAAUGCUGAAACAAGGCAGAAGUGUGAUAUACUGAUUCAAGUUCCUUGUGCGAAUGAUGAACAGGCUGCGAAGAGGAUAAAGAUUGAGGAGGUAGAUGAAAUAGACGAGUAUUUGAGAAUCACAGGCGAUCUGUAUGGAGCGUUUUGCAGUUAAGUUGCUUGAUUUACUAAUGUUUGAAUCAAUGAAUGGUAGUUGGUGAACCUUUCCU